AUGGCGUCUUCCCCGACCACUCGGGCAGAGCUAAACUCGAUCUCUCUCGCCGGUCUUCUGGAGGGCGACGUCGAUGCAGUGAACAAUCUCGUGUCUGCAUGCAAGACCAAUGGAUUCUUUUACCUUGACUUCCGUGAUGCCCGCACAUCCCAGACGUUGAAGCAGGUCGACGAGCUCGUUGACGUCGGAAACUCGGUUUUCAAGCUCCCACUCGAAGAAAAGGAGAAGUAUAGCACCGAGAAGCAUCUGCCGUCAAGGCUUCAAGGAUAUAAACGAGCCGGCUGUUCUGUUGGACCCUUUGCUGACAAGAAGGAUGGCUACGAGAGCUUCUCGAUUCACAACAACGGCGUCUUUGGGGACGACAUUCUGCAGCUCCCUCAGGGCUUCCAGGAAAACCUACCCUUGGUGAAGGCCUUCAUGAGCCAAGUCCACCUCUAUACGGAAUGCAUCUUGUCCAUCCUCUCAAAGGCGCUUGAUCUCCCCUACGACCUGAAAGACUGUCACCGGAAGGACAAGCCAUCUUCUGCCAACAUCGCGCUACUCAAGUACCUCCCAUGGAGCAGCGACGCCGAGAAAGUCGGCAACAUGGCACACACCGACAUGGGGACGUUGACUGUUGUCUUCACCCAGUCCGAAGGGCUCCAGGCGUUACUGCCUGGGGCAUCCGGAAAGGACGAAUGGUCGUACAUCCCCCCGCGACCUGGGCACGCCGUUGUGAACGUUGGCGACUCGCUGCGUUUCUUGUCCCGGGGGGCACUGGUCUCGUCUCUGCAUCGUGUCGUGCCGCCGCCUCUGCCGCACUCGCCCGGACAGGACAAGUUCUCGUGCAUCUACUUCCUGCGACCGGAAUUCGAUGUCAAGUUUACGGACAGUUCUGGGAGGCAGAUCAAUAGUGUCGAGUGGCAUAAUCAGAAGUAUUCUCUGUUUCGUGAGGCCAGUCUUGAUCCGACGGUGCAUGGCGCCAUGUUGACUGGGCGUAAGGGGUAUCUGGGGGCGACAGAGCAGACUGUCUAA